AUGGGAUCUCCAAUUUUUUUAUUAAUUAAUUUAUUAAUGGAUCCAGAUGUAUCCAAAAAAGUUGUUUUACAAAUGGCUUGGUCACAAGUUAAAGCAAUUGGAAUUGGUAAAGUAUUAGCUGCUUUAUUAAGUGCAUUAACGGUUGGUGUAUCAUCAUUUAUAAGAAUUCCUCAAAUUCGUAAAUUAUUAGUUAAAUCAGAAUCUGAUAGAAUUACAGUUGCAAAUGGAUUAUCAUUAAAAUCAUUAUCACUUGAAACUUUAAAUAAUUUAAUUCAUGUUAGUUUCAAUUCUCAACAUAAUAUUCCUUUUAUUCAAUAUGGUGAAUCAUUAUUAUUAGGUAUUCAAAAUGCUAUUAUAAUUUUGUUAACUAAAUUUUAUAGAAUGAGAGAAAAAGAAGAAAUUGAAGAUUUAAGUAAAUUAACUUUUGAAGAUAAAUUAAAAGCUUUAAGUAAUGGAUUAAUUGAACCAAUUGCUAUAAUGAUUGGUUCAGUUAUUUUCUUUACUAAAAUUGCCCCAUCAAGUUUAAUUUCAGUUUUAGAAAUUUUAAACAUUCCAAUUUCAAUUCUUGCUAAAAUUCCACAAAUUCAACAAAAUUAUAAAUUAAAAACUGUUAAACAUUUAUCUGAUAUUGUAUUAAAAGCAAAUGUUCUUGGUUCAGGUAUUAGAGUUUAUACAAGUUUUACUGAUUAUAAAACAAAAGCUUCUAAAAAUAAAACUACAGUUGAUGAACAAAUUUUAUUAGCUGGUUAUUCAACUUCAUUCAUUUUAAAUUCUAUUUUAUUAGGUCAAUCUAUAUUUUAUGAUAAAUUAGGUAAAAAAUCAUUAAGAGAUGAAAUUGAAAAAAAAGAAGAAGAAGUUAAAAAACAUUUAUAA